AUGUCAACAACACAGCCAAUCCGCGUCGGCCUGAUUGGCCUCUCGGCGUCUGCUGUAACAAAAUGGGCCUCGGCCGCUCACUUGCCAAACUUUCAGAACCCAGCCGGCCGAUCGCGAUACCGCGUUACUGCUCUUUGCAACAGCAGUGUGUCUGCCGCAGAAGCAGCCAUACAAACCUACAAGCUCGGCCCGGACACGAAAGCGUACGGAAAUCCAGAGGACCUGGCAGCCGACCCGGACGUUGACUUUGUUAUUUGCAACACUCGUGUGGAUAAACAUCUUGAAACGGUGCUACCUAGCAUUAAAGCCGGCAAAGACGUAUACAUAGAGUGGCCGAUUGCGUCCAACACAAAAGAGAUCCGACAACUUGUAGAGGCCGGCAAGGCGAGUGGCACAAAGGUUCUAGUUGGUCUGCAGGGGCGAUGGGCUGCGCCUGUGUUGAAAAUAAAGGAAAUACUGGACGGUAACUCGGUUGGUAAGGUUUUGAGUAGUGAAGUGAGGGCUUAUGGCGGCACCAAAGACAGGGAAAUACUGCCUGUUGGUUUAAAGUAUUUUGCUGAUCGCGGCGUUGGUGGUAAUCCGAUUACGAUUGGCUUUGGACAUGUCAUCGACUUUGUCCAAUCUGUGGUUGGAGAUUUCAUCCCCGAUUCAGUCAAUGCGCAUUUUCAACUCCAACGCCCGGAAAUUCGCGUCCGGGACCCAAGCAGCAAUGAGAUUAUAGAUGCCAUCCGUUCAAACGUUCCCGACUUUCUCUCCCUCCACGGAACACUUCCUGCCUCGACUCGAGUCAAGGAGUCCGCCACUCUUGACUUCUUGUUUCGCCGCGGCCAGCCAUUUCCAUCGGUUCCAAGUUUAAGCUGGACUCUGAAUUGUGAGCUCGGUGAAAUCAGGCUGGUAUCGCCAAGCGGCAUCUCUCUGCAGGCUGAUGCAUACCACGACCCGGUCACGAUCCAAAUUCACCGCUACGAUACGGACAGAGUGGAAGAUGUAGCUUGGGACUGGGAUGAUGUACAGAAAGAAGUUCCGGAACGAGCGAGAACAGUACAAAAGGUUCUCUAUGCGUUUGCGGAUAGUAGAGGAGCUGCAUCUGGGAGCAACGGGUGUGCAUGGGUAGAGAUUGGUGACGCGGCACUGAGGGCGGCUCAAUUACAGUCUUGGCUGGAUGGCUUCGAGCCCUGA